AGAUGCCGAGGUCGCACAUGCAGGCUCUGGUCGCCGUGAUCUCCAUCGCUCUGCUGUUGCCAAGAGCCUCGGGGGCUCCCAGAGAGGAAGAGCUGUCCGACGUCCUGCAGGAUCGAAUGCCUUACGGGAGAGAGGAGGGGUCGAAGAUGCUGCUGGUGCGGCUGGUGUCCGAGCUGCUGGGCGGGGAGGAGGCGGCGCCGGGCCCCGGGAGACGGGACGUGAUGCCGGGGCGCCGCUGGAACUCGCCGCGGGACCGCAAGGCGGGCUGCAAGAACUUCUUCUGGAAAACGUUCACCCUGUGCUGA